UAAUUUCUUCAUCAAACUUGUCAAACGGACUGGACUCACUGUAGAAACAGAGUCCAGACAAUGAAAUUUCGUGUUUGAACCAAAUUUCUCAACUCUAAAAAGAUAUACAUCACAUGUGUUCACCGUUCAUUAUUGUACUUGCUUGCUAAAAGUUUUUGCUCUGUUUGGUGACAGACCAGAGAGAGAGAGAGAUGAAACUGUUGAACAAUAGUCUCACGGUCCUUCCUCUGUUGGCUUUGGCUUUUACCGCAGUCUCGUCCGUCCAAUACGGCAGAAAUGACUUCCCACCAGACUUUGUCUUUGGGUCUGGCACAUCAGCUUAUCAGGUGGAAGGAGCUGCUAACGAAGAUGGGAGAACUCCUAGCAUUUGGGAUGUUUUUGCUCAUGCCGGACACUCGGGAGUAGCAGCUGCAGAUGUUGCGUGUGACCAAUAUCACAAAUACAAGGAAGAUGUGAAGCUCAUGGCAGACAUAGGAUUGGAGGCUUAUAAAUUUUCCAUAUCAUGGUCAAGGCUUUUACCAAGUGGAAGAGGACCAGUCAAUCCCAAGGGGCUACAAUACUACAACAAUCUUAUAGAUGAAUUGAUCACUCAUGGAAUCCAGCCACACGUUACAUUGCACCACUUUGAUCUUCCACAGGCCCUAGAAGAUGAAUAUGGAGGUUGGCUCAGCCAAGAAAGCGUGAGAGACUUCACAGCUUAUGCAAAUACUUGCUUCAAGGAGUUUGGAGAUAGAGUGUCACACUGGACUACUAUAAAUGAGGUCAAUGUGUUUGCCCUUGGAGGGUAUGACGCCGGUAUAACACCGCCUGCUCGAUGCUCUCCUCCAUUUGGACUUAAUUGUUCCAAUGGAAACUCUUCCAUUGAACCUUACAUUGCCGUACACAAUAUUUUGCUAGCACAUGCUUCUGCUACAAACUUAUACAAGAAACAGUACAAGCUUCUUCUUCUCUCUGUUUUUUUUUUCUCUCUUCCUGUCUCUCAUAUGCAUUGCAUUGUCUUUAGCUCAGCUAGUAUCUCCUCUUCAUUCAUUACACAGGACAAGCAGCAUGGAUCAGUAGGCAUUAGCGUAUACGCAUACGGUGUUGUCCCUUUAACUAACUCUGUAGAGGAUAAGCAGGCAACAGCUAGAGUGAAUGACUUCUAUAUUGGUUGGAUUUUACAUCCGCUGGUGUUUGGUGAUUAUCCUGAGACGAUGAAGACCAACGUUGGGUCUCGAUUGCCAGCUUUUACAAAGGAGGAGUCAGAACAGAUUAAGGGCGCGUUCGAUUUCGUAGGAGUGAUAAAUUACAUGACAAUUUACGUCAAGGACAACUCUUCCUCUCUGAAACCAAAUCUCCAGGAUUUCAUCACAGACAUGGCUGCGGAACUGACGCUGUUUAGAAACACAUCAUUCGAGAAUGAGCAUGCAAACACACCAUGGAGUCUGCAACAAAUACUUUUGUAUAUCAAAGAAUCUUAUAAAAACCCUCCGGUCUAUAUCUUAGAGAAUGGUCAGGUGACUCCUCACAACUCAUCACUUGAGGACACAACGAGGAUUAAGUAUCUGAGCUCAUACAUUGAAGCAGUGCUUCAUUCACUCAGGAAAGGAUCGAACGUAAAAGGGUAUUUUCAGUGGUCGUUGAUGGAUGUGUUUGAGCUAUUUGGUGGGUACGAGAAGAGCUAUGGAUUGUAUUACGUGGACUUCAAGGAUCCUAAUCUUAAGAGGACCCCUAAACUCUCUGCUCACUGGUACUCUUCCUUCCUCACGGGAACACUGCACCAGCCAUCGCAUGCUUCAUCUUGAUCAUAGUUUUUACAAUAAAUCUCUCUCUAAAAAUUGGUGUUGGUAUAUUGUUACAAUUUCUCUUUGAUUGAAGGUGAUCCACUAGUCCAAUAAUAUUCGAAGUUCAGUGGUCAUGAUAAUUCUGUAUUCAUUCUACACUCCAUCCAUAUAUUCGGAUUAACAUUUAAAGCUGGAUUUAGCGUGUUUGACCUA